AUUAUAAUAUAUUAUUUUGUCGUGUUUGAACGCCACACAGAGGCGAAUUCCCGUCUUGUCGAGUCCGGCUGACUUCGUCUACCCGUUACCCGUGCGCGCGAUAAUUGGCGAGUUUUAAUCGGAAAUUUUGUGCGUCUCCGUAAUUAAAUCAAAAACACGGUAAAAAAUAACAAUUUUUUUUUUAAAAUUCGUAAACAAAUCAAAUGUUCUGGAAAUAACAGACCGCGAAUUCUGAUCGAUUGACAACCGCUGACGUAUCUAGGAUCUGCAAGAUUAUCAGAUCCAUUUGUUCAUAUUACUAUACAUAUAUAAGAAUAUAUUGGACAUUAUCAUAUAAAUGUUUUAGUUGCGUGCGGCAAUACCGUUGUUAUUGUUGUCGGGGCGUGUGUGUGUGUUUGUGUGUGUAUGUGUGCGCGCGCGUUCGGCGGUGCGAUGGCGUUUAGAUGAGGGGUCCACUUACGCCGUUUAGUUUACCGGCAAUGAAUAAUUUGGAAGAGGGGUCGUACACCGGCGGCAAGCCGGGCCAACAGCAACAGCAGCCGGGCGGUGGUUUCGGGCAGAAGGGCGACAAUGGCGAUGGUAGUGGCAUCAACAACAAAGUGAAGUACACGAUGCCCGGCGUGUUGCACUACAUACAACACGAGUGGUCAAGCUUCGAGCUGGAGCGGUCCCACUGGGAGAUAGACAGAGCCGAGUUGCAGGCAAGGAUUGCAUUUCUUCAGGGUGAAAGAAAAGGUCAAGACAAUCUGAAAAAUGAUUUAAUUCGCCGAAUUCAAAUGUUAGAACAUGCACUACGAGCUGAAAGAGCAAAAUAUCAUAAAUUAAAAUAUGGCACAGAAAUUCCACAAUCUGAAAUGCAAUUACCUUCUGCUUCUUCAAGUGCACAAGAUGAAUAUUCUUCUAUACCAGAAGUUGGUGCAGAUAGUGAAGCUCCAUUAUCAUCAGUCUCAAAUGUCAGUUGGAAACAAGGCAGACAGCUACUUAGAGAAUAUCUACAUGAAAUAGGGUAUACGGAUACAAUAAUUGAUGUUCGGUCAUCACGUGUUCGUAACCUUUUAGGUCUGAAUAAUAACAAUAAUUUGAGUGGUAUAGAACAAGGACAAAGCGAUAAUAAUCAGAUUAAUGGUAACAACUACAAUAAACGUUUUAGUGACAAUCAAGGCCAGUGUUCCCCUACCAAGCGAACACAGCAGCAACAACAACAACAAAACCAAAAGAAAUUAUUAGAUGUUGAAUCAGCUGUUAUGGCAAAUUUUGAGUUUUUAUCUGAAAUGCGUAGCACUAGUGAUUCUGGUGAUGUAGAUAUGGAUGAUGAUGGUGUCGAUGAUGAUGACGAUGAUGAUGAUGAAGAUGAUGAUGAGAUGGGGAUGGCAGAUGAUGUCAUUGAUAUGACAUCUAUUUGUAAAUUUGGCCCUGAUGAUGUAGAUGCAGAGGCUGAUGAAGUUGUGAAUGAGCUUCAGUUAUUGACAGAAGACAUAAGUAACAAAGAGAAUGAACAAAAUGACUGGAAAGUUUCAAAUAGAGAUGUGUUUAACAAGAAUUCAAACAAUGCUAAUUGGAUAAAAAAUGAACCAGUUGAAAUGGUUGAUGGAAAUAUGGAUUUAGCUUUAGGGUUAGGAGAAUUGGCACAACUCACUGUAAAUAAUGAAUCCGAGACUAAUGCAGAUAUUAUUGAUAUGAAAACUGCAUCAAGAAAAACAUGGAACGCUAAGUACACUCUACGUAGUCAUUUUGAUGGCGUUCGUGCUUUAGCAUUUCAUCCAACUGAAUCUAUUUUAAUAACUGCUAGUGAAGAUCAUACUAUGAAGCUUUGGAAUUUGCAAAAAACUAUUGCUCCAAAAAAAUCAGCAUCUUUAGAUGUAGAGCCAUUAUAUACAUUUAGAAGCCAUACUGGACCAGUCUUUUGUUUGGCAAUCAGUAAAAAUGGUGAACAUUGUUAUAGUGGUGGAUUGGAUAAUGUUAUUAAAGUAUGGUCAAUGCCAUCAGCUAAUAUAGAUCCCCUAUGAUUCUUAUGGUAAUUGGAUAUAAAAUACAGUAUAACUAUAAAAAACAUUCUUGUCAACAACCUAGAAGGUCAUGAAGAUGCCGUAUGGGGAAUUUCAGUUCAUCAUAAUCGUUCAGAAUUAUUAUCAUGUUCAGCUGAUGGUUCAGUUAAACUCUGGUCACCAACCAAUCUCAAAACACCAUGUUUGUCGUCGUAUGUUUCUGAUCAAGAUGAAAUUCCUACUUCAGUUGAUUAUGUCAGAGAUGUAGAAGGUCAAUUUGUUGCAUCUUAUAAUUCAUCUCAUUGUGUUAUUUAUGAUAUUGAAACGAAGAGUCCUAUAACUCGAUUAGAAUGCUCAAAGGAUCCAACUGAAAUGGCAACUCAGCUAAUUCAUCGGGUUAAAUGUCACCCAACAUUACCUCUAACUAUUACAGCACACGAUGACCAUCAUAUUCGUUUCUUCGAUAACAAUACUGGAAAAAUGGUUCAUUCUAUGGUUGCCCACUUAGAUGCUGUAACUAGUUUGGCUGUUGAUCCUAAUGGUUUAUAUUUAUUAUCUGGAAGUCAUGACUCAUCUAUUAGAAUAUGGAAUUUAGAAAGUAAAACCUGUGUACAAGAAAUCACAGCACAUCGAAAAAAGUUAGAUGAAUCUAUAUUAGAUGUCGCAUUUCAUCCAUCUGAAGCAUAUAUUGCCAGUGCUGGAGCUGACAGCCUAGUCAAAGUAUUUGUAUAGGUACAGUAAAUGUAUAAUUAUAAAUUAGUAAGACACUUAGUUAAUUUUAUCUUAGUGUCUUAUGUUUUGACCGACUUUUGAUCAAAUCCAUCAUUGUAGUAUUUUGCAGUAAUCAUGAUUUAUUAAGUUGAAUUAUUACUUUUUCUUUGAAAUUGUUUUAUUAUAUUCAUUUUUUUCUUAAACUAAACAUUUUAAAAUUAAAUUAUUGUGCAUAACUUAUUAAGUUUCUGUGAUUUUAAUUUUUAGUAAAAUUAUAGUUUUUUAAGGUUUCUAUGUAUUAUCAUAUUUUAUAUGAUUGAACUCUCCCCAUUAUUAAUAAUCAAUAAUUAUAUAUAUAAUAUUUUUUUUAAUCCCUUUUUAUUAUUAUUUCAAUGAUUUUGUUAAAUGUACAUUUAUAUAGUGAUGCUGUUAAAAACACUUAGUAAGCUAAUUUUUUUCCCAGUUCUGUUAUAAUAAUGACUAUAUUCCAUCCUUAUCUUGUUACAAAAUGGUUUACUUUGUUGAUCAAAUUUGAAACUUCGUAGUUCUUGAAUAUUUUUAAUUUAAAAAAUUAAAGAUCAGUUUAUUCUAGUUUUUUUUUCAUUAUACUGUGCAGAUUUAUUUUGAAAUUUAAUUUUGACAUUAUAUACAUAUUAAAUUUAUUCUGGAUAUUUUACUCUUUAAAAUGAAAUGCAAUUAUAUUUUAUUAAUCGAAUCUCAAAAUUAGUACCACCCUAAUUUGGUGAUCAAACCAGGCUCUUAUGUGUCCAUCAAACCGUGUAUUCUUUAUUUAUUUAUUUUAUUUAUUUACUAAUAUUAAACUAAUAUUAAACCUUGACAAAAAAAAUUGCUUUAUCAUUAUAUAUUAAUAUUGCAAUUAGAUCAGUGUUGGCUCUAGUCAUUUUUCUGUUAUUUUCCCUGAAUUGACUCAUCAUUCACUUUUUAAAACACAAAAGGGACCUUGAUUUCUAAAACUGAAAUAUUUCGCAUUUAACUUAUAACAAUAAAUUAUCAUUAUAUACUUAAUAAUUAUAUAAAACAAAAUGUAAUAUUUAUAAUAUGUAAAGAUCCAAAAAAAAUGAUUAAUUAAGUAGUUCUCUGACACUCUUAAAAUAAAAUUAAAAUUGUAGAAUAAUUUAUGUUUAAGUCUAGUCUGACAAUAUCAUUUAAAAAUAAAUAUAUACACCACAAUAUUUAUAUAUAUUAUCUAAAUCAAGUAUAAUAAUAAUAUCAUGUGCCUGUUUCAAAAUAUUCUAGUGUUUGAUAUACAUUUAAAAUAGUGUGAUGUUGUAUUGUGAGAUACUUUCAAUGUAAGGAUGGUACUAUAUUUCUGUCUUAUUUUAUACCCAAACUAAAAAUAAAUACAGAUCAAUAUUUUAUAUAUUUAUUGUAUUGGGAAAUGUUCUGCCAUUUUUGUUUUUACAAAUAAAAUAUUUUAUAUUUUUCUCAGUGCAAUAAAUAUAUGCAAAAUGAAAAAGGCACAUUAUUAUUUAAAUUAUUUAUCAAAUAUAAUAUCAUAAGAGAUAGUAUCAUUACUACCCAAGUGUGUUGAUCUUAUGUGAUUGCUGUAGAAAAGUGUAUGAUCAACGACACUAUUAUAAAAUAAAGUAGAUUAAUAUAUUAUUUAUAUAUAAAAAGAAAAAAACAUUAUGUACCUAUACUAUAACUUGUUGUAUAAUAUUAUAUACUGUUGUAAAAAUAUAUAAUUAUUAUCAUAAA